UACUUUCUGUUUUACUAAAUUUAAAUGGCAAUGGCCUUUAAUUUCUGUUUGCAGCGAAUUGGAUCACUAUGGAUAUUAAAAUUAAAGUGCGGUUAGUGUGCAUCUUGGUAUUUUUGUGCUCUACUUGUUUGGCCAAUAACGAAGAGCAUAAUAAGAAGCAAAAACAAUGUUUGUGGAAGUGGCAGAGACCUAGAGACGCCUACAAUAUCUAUUCUGCAUUCUUCACUACAAGCGUUACCCAGUAUUGGGGCUUCUUCAAGGCCCUUGCUAACGAUGCAUAUACGCGUUUAUUUCCUCCCAACAUUGAUUUUAGAAGCGGAGGAGGAGUGGGAGAUAAGGAGGGAGAGGGAGCAGGUGAGAAGGUGAAAGAAGCGGUGGCAAAGAGCUUAGGAAGCAGCAAAGACGCAGUGGAAGAUGCUGCCAAGUCAGCUGCAGAAAAGGUCAAGAGUACCUUCUCCGCUUUAGAUACUGAUGAUCAAGAUCAUAAAAGGAACGAGCUCUGAUUCUUCUUCGACGAAAAUUAUUCAUGCACAAUAUUAAUGUAACGGCAGUGUGCUGGAAGAUUCCUUUUGGAAACAUAAAAAAGAAAACCGGCUCCUCAUUAGUCACUAGCGAUCAUGGAAUGGAGGCAAAGCACAAAUAAUAGUCAAACAGAAUAUUAGAAAGAGCUCCACCUUCAUGUCUAUUUUUGUCAUUUCACUUUCACGUCCAUCCCAGAUAAGUGUGUAUAAGUGUAUUGUGCUGUGGUCUCGUGGACCACUGAACCCUCUCACACGUGAUCUGUAGUUCUGUACUCUGUAGUUUCACCCCUCUUUUUCUGUGGCCCAA